CCCCUCCAUCCUGCCGCAUCAGGGAACAUGGCCGCCGCCGUCGCCGAGCUGGUGCGGCAAAGGGACUCGGCCCCGGCUGCCCUCGCAGGGAUUACAUGAUGCAGCUGAUUUUGAAGACUGCAGGAGUGGAGUGAUUAGACAGAGAAAAUAAAUCUUGAAAAGCUGCUAACGGAUCACUUAGAUGCAGAGAGAAUGCAGCAAUUCCCUUACUGGAGAAGAGUUUAAGCAGAGUGCAUGGAAGAGCAGUGCAGUGUGACAAUCCUAUUACACUGAUUUAUAAUCAGAGCUGUUGUUGCAGACCUGUCAAUAAGAUAGCCAAGUGAUGUGGUGUAGAAAUAUUCAUGAAUUAUAACCAGAAUUUGCAAUCGGCUUCAGAAUAUUAAUUUAUGUAUUAUUUCCACAGCCAUCCAAGUAAAGCUUUUAAAACUGGAUGUUUGUCUUGUGUCAAAAAGUGACAUUCUGUUUUUCAAAUAAACAUGUAUGAGAGAAGGGAUGGAAAAAUAAAUUGGUCACUAAUUUCACAAAUUUUUUUUCUUGUAAUGGCAAUAACUAAAGGAAAGCCAGAAUACUGUGUCUGUAUACUCCUUUCAUACAUUUUAAUAUAAAAACUCUGCGUUUCAGUGCUUUUCCUCUGAUUUCAGUGCAACAUCUUCCCCUCUCCUCCUCCUUUCCAAAUUCUCCCCAGAGUAUGCAAGAUCUAUAAAUCGUUAGAUUCUGUAGUGCUAAAUGCUAUCUACAAAACAAUACAAAGUACUUGUACGGUUUUUGAGUUAGCAAUGUUUUCUUGCAGUGUUAUCUUGAAACCUGUCUCUGCUGUUUCCAUUUAGCUGACCUGGGUAGUCAGAAGAGAAGAUGAUGAUAACUUUGAGCAUCCUACAUGUCUUCUCCAGCGACGUAACAGUUGACUGGAACUUGUGUUAGAGUGGUAGCGUCAGCAGUUGAAUAAACAGGAUAUUGAACAAUGGUUUGUUUUAAAUCAGACCUCGCAGCUUGAUACAAAUAAAACAGACAAAGGUGUGUAGGAGUUUGCAAUCGAAGGUGUCCUCACCAGCAUUAAGUUCUUGCUAGGGUGUUGUCCUGGCUUCUGAAACUGACCGAUGGCCUCAUAUGAAAUCUUGCAGGGUGCAGGAGGGAAUUAAGGGACCAAACAGUAUAAAUGUGCUUAAUAGACAGACCAGCAAUAUGGAUGAUUCAAAGAUAAAUACUGAGAUUACUGGUGCUAGAGAAGGACUUCUAGAUGACAGCAAUUUCAUCUCUGACGGGAAAAGUGGCAUUCCUAAACCACAAGAGUGUGAAACAUCUUUUCAGAAAAACAAUAUAUUGACUCUGCCGGAAGAGCUGUCAAGGGACAGAUCCGAAAAAGCCUUAAGUGGAGGCCAGAAGUCUCUAUUUAUACAUACUGGUGCUCCUACUGUUUCUACUGAAAACUUUAGCUUGCCUAAAGGAACUGCUGUUAAUGGACCAGUUUCACACUCCACCUUAACUAAAACUUCCAUUAUGAAUAAAAGUAGUGUUUCAUUAACCACUGGACAACCUGUGGGUCAUACAGAUUCCUGCUCAACUUUGCCAGUGGUGCAUGAUCUCCAGCUGCCUGCAAAGAGUACAACACAGAAAUCAAGUCAACACCAAGUGUUAUUUUUGUUACCUGAUGUAGCACAGGCUAAGAACCUGACUCAUUCCAUUAAAAAUCUACCUACCUCUGCUUCAGUUGGUUGUGAUACACAGAAAUCUAUAGGAAAUAGUGUGAAAUCAGAUAGCACUUUAAUAAGCCAAGUAGAAGUAUGUGAGGAUAGCAGUUUACUAGUAGACGAUGAUUGUGUCAAUACAUUAACAGGAAUUUCCUCAGGUACAGGUAGUUUCAGAUCAGGAAAUGAUACAAACUGGGAUCCACAAAAAGAGUUCAUACAGUUUCUUAUGACAAAUGAAGAAACAAUAGAGAAGUCUCCAGUUCACUGUAAAGUAGGUCUAGAGAAAAAGAGAAAAAGAAAAAUGGAUGUUAGCAAGAUAACACGUUAUACAGAGGAUUGUUUUAAUGAUACAGACUAUAUUCCCAGUAAAUCAAAAUUACUAAAUGUUGACUAUUUAGAGCAGAGUGAGGAUCUAGAAGUAGUAGAACCACAGAAAUAUGCAUUAACAAAAGUGAAGCCUGAAUCGACAGAUGAGGAGUUAGAAGCUGUUGAUGCUAUCCAACAAUUGAUUUAUAGUCCCACUAACAAAUGUGCAGAAGAUUCUUCUCCAGUUCACACUAGCACUUUUCUUUCUAGUACUUUAAAAAACAAAUGUGAACAGAAUGAUUCAGAAUCACCAUCUACUUUUAGUACGGAUGAGCCAUCAUUUUAUCCUUGUACAAAGUGCAAUGUGAAUUUUAGGGAGAAGAAACACUUGCAUAGGCAUAUGAUGUAUCAUUUGGAUGGGAAUAGUCACUUCCGUCAUCUCAAUGUCCCAAGGCCCUAUGCAUGUAGGGAAUGUGGACGGACAUUUCGAGAUCGUAAUUCACUUCUUAAGCACAUGAUAAUUCACCAGGAAAGAAGGCAGAAACUGAUGGAAGAAAUCCGGGAGUUGAAAGAACUUCAGGAUGAGGGUAGAAGUGCACGAUUACAGUGUCCACAAUGUGUAUUUGGUACCAAUUGUCCCAAAACAUUUGUGCAACAUGCUAAAACCCAUGAAAAGGAUAAAAGAUAUUACUGUUGUGAGGAAUGCAAUUUCAUGGCUGUGACAGAAAAUGAACUGGAAUGCCAUAGAGGGAUUGCUCAUGGAGCAGUAGUGAAGUGUUCAAUUAUCAGUAGUGAUAUGUCCCAGAGAAAAACACAGAAAAAGACUUCAGUGAAAGAUCCAUAUAUAGGGUCAUCAAAAAAAUCAACCACAUAUAUGUGCAAGAUGUGUCCAUUUACUACAUCAGCCAGAAGCAUUUUAAAAAAACACAUGGAAUACUUGCAUCCAACAUCGUGCAUUGAUCCGUUUGGUAGCCACCUCAGAUUAGAAAAAAGAAAAAGCAGCAUAAUUGAAGAACCUUUAGAUUUUGGAAGCAGAACUAAACAAUUGAUCAAACAAUCAUCUACAUUUCCAAAGAAUUCUGUUCUAAAGCAAGAUGUAAAAAGAUCGUUUGGCUCAGCUUCGCAAUCCAGUAACUUUGCGAAACUUCACAAGAGACCCCACAGGAUACAGAAGGCUCGGAAAAGCGUUUCACAGUCAGCUGUAAGUGUGUGCAAUCAAAACUCUACAAACAAGACUAUUUUGAUUAAAAAUAGCAUUGACCAAAAACCUAAAUAUUUCCAUCAAGCAGCAAAACAAAAAGCUAGUGUCAAAACAAGCAAUAAUUAUUUAUAUAGGCACAAAUAUGAAAACUACAGGAUGAUUAAAAAAUCUAGUGAUCCUUAUCCUUUACAUUUUAAAAAGGAAGAGUCCAGCUCUGUUAGUUCUUUACAUUUAUUUUCAUCAUCAAAUAGUCCCCAUAAUAAUUGUUUUAUCAUGGAUUCUCAUAAUCUUGAUUCCAAAAGGCCAGAAGGCUAUAAAGACCAUAGGCGUGUAGCUGUAAAAAAAGUGGUUAAAGAGUCUAAGAGGGAAGGCUCUGUUACAGGAGAUGAUUUGGAUUGCUAUCCAGAUUUUCUACAUAAAAUGACUGUUGUUGUUUUACAGAAACUUAACUCUGCUGAAAAAAAAGACAGCUAUGAAACGGAGGAUGAAAGUUCAUGGGAUAAUGUUGAACUAUGUGAUUACACUGCACAGUCUAUGGAGGAUGAAUCUUACAGUGAUAUUAAUCAGGAUCAUGUAAACCUAUUCCCUUUAUUCAAAGGUAAAAUGGAGGAUCAAGAAGCUGGUGAUAAAUCCUCUCUUCAUUAUGAGCAGAAUGAUGGUUUUUAUUUUGAGUAUUAUGAAGAUGCAGAGAGUAGUAACUUUCUGCAUGAAUUACAUGAUCCUCAAAAUUUAGAAAAUGUAGGAACAGCAUUGCCAAAGCAUAACUCAGUUUUCCAUUGGACUGAUUUAUCACUUGAGAAGAAGUCCUGUCCAUACUGUCCAGCAACAUUUGAAACAGGAGUUGGAUUGUCUAAUCAUGUCCGUGGGCAUCUUCACAGAGCUGGAUUAAGCUAUGAAGCCCGCCAUGUUGUUUCACCGGAGCAGAUAGCGACAAGUGACAAAAUGCAGCAUUUCAAAAGAACUGGAACAGGAACCCCUGUUAAGCGAGUUAGAAAAGCUAUUGAGAAAUCUGAAACGUCUUCUGAACACACAUGCCAACUCUGUGGAGGUUGGUUUGAUACGAAAAUUGGAUUGUCUAAUCAUGUGCGAGGACACCUGAAAAGGCUUGGCAAAACCAAGUGGGAUGCACAUAAGUCUCCAAUCUGCGUUCUAAAUGAGAUGAUGCAAAAUGAAGAAAAAUAUGAAAAAAUCCUAAAAGCAUUGAACAGUCGCCGUAUUAUUCCCAGACCAUUUGUCGCUCAGAAACUUGCUUCAAAUGAUGACUUUUUAUCUCAAAAUGUUAUACCUCUUGAAGCAUACCAUAAUGGCCUAAAGACUGAAGAUAUUUCAGUGUCUGCAUCGGAGGAAGAAGGUCUGAGUUUCCUAAAUGAAUGUGAUGAAACAAAAACAGUACUACAUGAUGAAAAAAAAAAUCAGUCACUUACACUGAUAGAACUUCUGAAAAAUAAAAGGUUAGGAGAAGAAAGGAAUCCUGAUAUCUCUCCUCAAAAGAUCCAUAAUCAAACUGCAAGAAAGAGGUUUGUUCAGAAAUGUGUUCUUCCAUUAAAUGAAGACAGUCCAUUGAUGUAUCAGCCACAAAGGAUGGACUUGACUAUGCAGUCAGCCUUAGAUUGUAAGCAAAAAAAGUCAAGAUCAAGAUCUGGAAGCAAGAAAAAAAUGCUGCCAUUACCUCACGGAGCUGAUGAAGUUUACAUACUCCGGUGCAGGUUUUGUGGUCUGGUCUUUCGAGGACCAUUGUCUGUUCAGGAAGACUGGAUAAAGCACUUGCAGAGACACAUCGUCAAUGCAAAUCUUCCACGGACUGGGGCUGGCAUGGUUGAGGUCACAUCGCUAUUUAAAAAACCUGCUUCAAUUACUGAAACUUCGUUUUCUUUACUGAUGGCAGAAGCAGCAUCAUAGAACAAGGAAAUGUUUUAAAUUGAAUUGGAUGUAAAUUUGAAAUACUUUGUCAUUUUUUAAAAAAUAUUGCUACACUAAAUUAUGUUUAUAAAUCCUAAAGCCAGAGAAGUAGGGAAAGUGAAUUACAGUAACAUCAAAACAAAUUGAGUACUUAACAGUUACAGUAAGUAGUCUUUAUAUUUUAUAUAGGGUGGCAGAUGUGUUUUUAAGGUUUACUAUGUUUUUGUCAGUUACUGUGUUCACUAUCAAUACAAGAUCAUUACAUGUAAGCAGCCAUUUUUAAAUUGUUGCACAUGGGUACUUAUAGACAGAUUUUAUUAAAAACAAACCAUGCCCUCUGCAGUGUUACCAGAAUCAAGGCUCUGUUUAUUCAAAACAAAAACACACACACACACACACAAAAAACACUUGCAUAGUAAAAUAAGAUAUUAUAUUUUGUUUGUAUGUAUGUAGUGUUUUGUAUAAUUCCAAGAACCGCUAAUACAACUUACUCAACUUAGGGCAUUAAAUAUCAUGUACUUCAUAGUUCAAGAGACUGUUUCAUUCAAAUAGGGCAAUUAGUACUAUUCUAUCUAGGUGUGUAAGUGUUUUUUUAAAUCAUAUGAGGCUUUUUUGUACUAAAAAGUGGAGGGAAACUUGUUUAAACAAAUAUUUCUAAGAGAAAUAUGUACAUAGUACUGGAAAUUAUUUGUGGUAAGGAAGUAUUCUUUACUUCAGUUGCAUUUCUCACUGACAAUAAAGUGGUGCAUCCAUGCUACCUCCUACUUUGUCAACAAAGAUGUUAUUUACCCUUUACAUUUUUGUAUCAUAGUAGAUUCAAAUCUAACUUUCUUUAUUGCAAAGCAUUUUUUUUGUUAAAGUUUGUUUCCUUAUGAUGUUUUACUUAAAGUCUGACUUGCUUACAGAACAGUUUGCCUCUCUACUACUUUAUUUAACACUGUAGAAAUGUACUAAGAACUGCUCACUACACGGUUUAGGACUAGACUUUUCAUUUAUAAUUCUGUUUAAAUUUUUUUGAUCAUUUUAACAAAUUUGAACACAUUGAAAUGUUUCUACAUAUGAAGAGAAUGUUUACAAUUUAAAUUUUAGAACUUGUUUUGGAUGUGAUUCUAUGUAUGAAAACUGUGUAACACUAUGCUCAUGCUAAGGACCUACGUACGGAAUUACUGAAAUAAAUGUGCUGUGAGGAUGGACAAUAUGGUGCAGGUGUCUUGGUCAUGAUAAAUUGUGUUUGUUCAUUUAAAUUGUCAUCAAAACGUGAUUUAAUUUUUUAAUCAGUAAAUCAGAUUCCUCUACAAAUCGGUUUUGUAUGCAAGUAACAUUUCAUUUUAUUCAUAUAGGGUAACUAAAACUGUAGUUAAA